AUGAUUCAUGACAUUCCUGAACAACUGAAUGAAGAUACCUCUCAGCUUAUGUCAAGGGUUGUUCUUGACAAAUUAAAAGCUGAUGGUUUUACAAUCGGGAAUAUUAAAGACUCAUACAGGCUGGGUCGAUCCAGUAACCACAAUAAGCCUCGGCCUAUUAUUGCUAAAUUUCAGUUGAAUAGUACUCGAAACAGGAUUUGGUCCAGCAAGUCAAAGCUGAAGAAUACUGGUAUAACCUUGUCUGAAUACUUGACGCAUUCUCGUCGCACUGUAUUCAUGGUUGCCCGCGAAAAGUAUGGAAUCAAUAGAUGUUGGACUCGUGAUGGCGUCACACUCGUGCUUGGCCUUAACAAUACCAGGCAUCGCAUCACAUGCAUGGAAGAGUUACAUUCGAUUGACUCCGAGCCUGCCAACUCUGUGGCUUCUACGACGGAUUGCAGCCACAAAGAAUGUACACGAUCUUGCAUUCAUUCAUUUUCUUUUUUUUUAUAUUUUGCAUAG